AUGGUGUGCUACGGCGGCGGCGGCGGCGACGACGACUGGCGCGUGAUGGAGUGGGAGUCGGGGCUCCCAGGCGAUGACGAGUUGACCCCUCUGUCGCAGCCGCUGGUGCCCCCGGGUCUGACGGCGGCGUUCCGCAUCCCGCCGGAGCCCGAGCGGACGCUGCUGGAUGUGCACCGGGCGUCGGCGGCCACGGUGUCGCGGCUGCGGCACGCGCCGUCGUCGUCGUCGGGAAGCAAAGGGAGCGGCUCCUCCUUCGUGUCCUUCCAUCCCCAGGCGGGGGCAGCGGGACACGCAAGGGGGGAUGAGGGGGCGGACUCGUCAGCAGCCAUCGGCCGCGCGGCGACCAACAACGCCAACACGCAAGGGACGACGGGCGGCGGCGGCGCAGCGCCUCCUCGGUCCUCGCCUCCUCACGUCGAAGGAUAG